AUAGUUGAGGACGUUCGAUGCGAAUCAUGCACUUUGUAUCGAGCCAUUAAUUAAAUGUAUCGUGCACUUCUGCGGUGAUCGCGACAUCGCGUUGCAUUUUUUGAUUUGAAUUCAACCAUUGCAGUUGGACUAUCAUCUGCUUCGCUGGAAUUGAUUGUUGAAUGAAUUUGCGAAAUGGAUUUUGAUACCGUAUCUUAAGCUGCUUCAGCUACGAAGGCCAUGUUGAUUACUGCGAUAAUAUCGUCAAUACUAUUGUUUUUCAACCUAAUUUAGGAGUCUUCCUACCAAAGUGCACCGCUAUUAGCAUAACGCGUACAAAGGAGACAUCCGGGAAGCGUGACCCCGAGGACCCUGCAAUCGACAGCUGAACAUCUUUUUAUCGGCCGAUAUUUUUUCAUCGAACGAGGAAGGAAUCGAUAUGGAUAAUCGGAUUUAUAUAGACGAGGAAACCGGCGAGGAUUUGAUCCACCCGUUCGUCGAUUGUAACAUUUCUCAUUCGAUCGACUCAAUGGCGAUGAAUGACGCGGAGACUGGGGAGCCAGAAGUCAACCUCAUAGACAACGGGAUCAGAGGUCAUCUUAGGAAAGUGCCAUUUCAGAUACCAAAGGAGGUGAAGGAAAAAUCAUCAAAAAAACGCCAUUUAACAGAGCUAGAACCGGUUCCACCGGGUGCCUCCUUUGGCCAGAUAAAUCCCAUUUGUCUGUUUUUACCGGCCAUCAUCUAUUUCCGCUGGUUCCUCGCCUUAUUGAUGCUUUUCGAGGUCACUCUGCAUGUGUGGGCACAUCACAAGAACAAGACUCUGAAAAACGCCAGCGUAUAUUUUCGUUCACCGUUUCACGACAUCUCUGCCGAAUUCUGCGCUCUCUGCCAGAGCGAGACCUGUAUGAAUCGUGUCGGUAAAAUGCACCAGAUUCGGAUGCACAAAUUUCUGCGGCAAUGUAACUACAUGAAGAGAGUAGUAACGUGAACUUGGGUUAGGUGAAUGUAUCUAGCGGUACCUUAAACGUCGCAGAAUUUUAAAAUGGUGACGAUAAUCGUGAUAACAUCUUCUCGAUUUCUUACAAAAUUGUUUUAUAUAAAAUAACUGUUAUAUAUAUAUAUAUAUAUAAAUUUUUUAUUCUAUAGGUGAAGGGA